UCCUCCUUGGAUGAUGAGCGGCCACAUACACGGCUCAUCCUCUGUCCGAAACAAGGAAAUCCAGACACGAUGCUCUCGUCGCCAUCUCCUCCCACCCUUUGCAGCAGCAGCCUCCUCACCUCCUGCUCCGGCCACCACCACUCCCCAAGCCGCCACCGCACGCGCCUACGCAGCUCCAACCCCAACGCCCCGACCUUCCCAAAGCCCAACCCCGACCCACCUCGCCGUCUGCUCGGAGAGGACCGCCGCCUCAGCUCGCUCGUCCACCGCGGCGACCUCGACGCGGCGCUCCGCGUCAUCGACUCCUCCCCCUGCCCGCCCGACGUCCAGCUCGCCAACAAGCUCGUCCGCGACCUCUGCCGCCGGGGCCGCCCGGCCGACGCCGCGCGCGUCGUCGACGCGUGCGGCCCCGCGGCCACCGCCGUCACCUACAGCGCGCUGGCCGACGGGUACUGCCGCGCGGGGAGGCUCGACGACGCGCGCCGCGUCGUCGACGGCAUGCCCGUCCCCCCCACCGCCUACGCCUACAACCCGCUCAUGCACGCGCUCUGCGUGCGCGGCCAGGUCCGGGACGCGCUCGUCCUGCUCGACGGAAUGCUCUGCCGCGGCUGCGCCCCCGACGUCGUCACCUACAACAUCCUCCUCGAGGCCGCCUGCAAGGGCGCCGGGUACCGGCGGGCCCUGGAGCUGGUCGACCUCAUGCGCGACGAGGGCUGCACGCCCACCAACGUCACCUACAACGUCAUCAUGGACGGGAUGUGCAGGGAGGGCGACGUCGACGCCGCCCGCCAGCUGCUCAACAGCCUGCCUUCUUACGGGUGCAAGGCCAACACCGUCAACUACAACACCGUCUUGAAGGGCCUGCGCACCGCCGGGCGAUGGGGGGAUGUUGAGGAGCUUAUUGACGAGAUGUUCGGCGAGGACUGUCCCCCGAGCGAAGCGACUCUCAGCGUGGUCAUCAGCCAGCUGUGUCAAGAAGGGUUGCUCCAGCAGGCGGUUCGGCUUCUCGAGAAGAUGUCGAAGCAUCAGUGCACGGCAAGUGUUGCUUCUUACAAUGCCGUCAUCGGCGGGCUAUGCGAGCAAGGUCAUGUGGCUAAUGCCUUGGAGUUACUACAGAAGAUGCAAUCCUGUGGUUGCGAGCCUAAUACUUUCACCUUUGAAAUUAUAGUCAAGGGUUUGUGCAGUGUUGAUCGUUGGGACCAUACCACCGAGGGUUUGUGCAGCCCUGAUAUUUCACCAUUCAAUACACUCAUUGCUUUAUUGUGUCAGAGAGGGUUGACGGUGCAGGCCAUUCAAGUAUUCAAGCAAAUGCCCAAGAAGGGCUGCACUCCUGAUUCAACCACUUACAGUACGCUAAUAGACGGGCUUGCCAAAAGUGGCAAUAUGGACCAGUCACUUGAGCUGUUGAAUGAAAUGGGCAACAAAGGAUUCGACCCAGAGGUAAAUUAUAAGCUGUUAGCUGAGUAUCUGCAUGACGAGGCUAAAAUUGAGGAGGCAAUUCAGAUGGUUCAUAAACUGCAAGAUAAAGGCAUAUCACCCCACACUGCUCUCUACAAUACAAUACUAUUAGGGCUUUGUAGAAAUGGCAAAACAGAUCAUGGUAUUGAUAUUUUGGCUAAUAUGGUGUCUGAUGGUUGCAUGCCUGAUGAGUCGACUUACAUUAUACUCAUCGAAGGCUUGGCACAUGAGGGCUGUAUGAAGGAGGCAAGAGAAUUGUUAAGCAAGUUGAGUUCUAAAGAUGUUCUCAUUGACAGUUUGAUCAAGAAUGAUGGUUUGUUGUUAGAUCAAAGUAUUCACACUUCUUGAGCGCUGAUGAGAUCAAGGCUAGCUUGCUGUUUUGACUGUGGCAUGUCAUAGCAAUGGGGUAGGAUAGUGCUUAUACACUGCUUCAGUUUUGUUGGAAACUGCACGGCAAACACUAGGAUGAUUUUGGCGACCAAAUUGGUGCGUAUGAGU